AUGAUGUUCCCCGGCCUCCUCGCGCCCCCCGCCGGGUACCCCAGCCUCCUGCGCCCCACGCCCACCUUAACGCUGCCCCAGUCCCUGCAGUCGGCAUUUUCCGGGCACUCGAGCUUCCUGGUGGAGGAUCUGAUCCGCAUCAGCCGGCCCCCCGCCUACCUACCCCGCAGCGCGCCUACGGCCAGCAUGUCGCCCCCUAGGCAGGGGACCCCAGCGAAUCUCACAGACACCGGGGCCUCGGACCUGGGCUCCCCCGGUCCGGGCAGCCGGCGGGGCGGCUCUCCGCAGACCGCCGUCUCCCCUGCCAGCGAGCCCACGUUUCUGAAGUUUGGGGUGAACGCCAUUCUCUCCUCGGCGCCCAGAAACGAAGCAUCCCCCACCUUGCUCCAGAGCGUCCCUCCCAAGACCUUCGCCUUUCCCUACUUUGAAGGUUCCUUCCAGCCUUUCAUCAGAUCUUCGUAUUUCCCAGCGUCGUCGGGCGUCGUGCCCAGGAGGGUCUGUGCUGACCUCGCCUCGCCCCCGCUCUUUCUGCCCCCCGCGCACCAGGUGAAAAUCUGGUUCCAGAACCGACGCAUGAAGUGGCGCAACUCCAAGGAGCGGGAGCUGCUGUCCAGCGGGGGCUGCCGCGAGCAGACCCUUCCCACCAAACUCAACCCGCACCCGGACCUCAGCGACGUGGGCCAGAAGGGCCCGGCCGACGACGACGACGAGGAGGGGGGCCGGGGCAGCCCCCGCCACCGCCUGGCCUUUCACGCAGCCCCCGACCCUCGGCACCUGCGGGACCCGCGACUCCAGGGGCCGCCCCCCUCCCCCGCGCACUCCAGCAGCCCCGGCAAACCUUCCGACUUCUCCGACUCCGAAGAGGAGGAGGAGGGUGAGGAGGAGAUCACGGUGUCUUAGGAGCCU